CCUAUCAAAAUCAAAAUUAUUUCAAACCAAAGCCGACUGAUUCGUGAAGUUGGUGAGCAGUUCGGGUUUUCCAAACUACAAAAUUACAUGCCCAAACCACACCACCCACCCCCUCUCUCCCUUUUUAUGUUUCUUUUGUUUUCUAGCUGCUUCUCUCCCCCUCUUUCUCUCUCUCAUUUCCUGUAAAAGUAACAGAGACGAUCCUAUUUAAAACUCCAACACUCUGUUUGUAAUUGAAUAGCCUUUCAAGUUUGAGCUUUUAUUUUAAUCUAUUUUUUUCGUUCACUUGUCUUGCAAACCAAAACCCCCCAUAAAUCAGAACAAGUGUAUAUAAAGGAGGAAGGAAUAAUCAGGCAGGGAGUCAGAAAUGGAUGGCCUUUGUUUGAAAACAACUGCGUCAGGGAUACAUGGGAUACCUUCCACGAUUUCAGCGGCUGCAGCGCUCGACAUCCGUACCAACCCAUCUCCAUCUCAGGUGAGCGCCAUUGGGAGAUCCACCUCCACUGCCGGGGUAGACAAGUCCACUACAACCACGGCUCACAAGAAGACGACCCCCUUUUCUAGGUUCUCGUUCAAGCACCCCUUGCAAUCUUUAUGGCCUGGAGGAUCAAGGGCAAGAUCAAGAGCAAGAGGAGGUGGACCCACCUACAAUGGGAAUGGGAUGCCUCUCGACGACGCCGACGCAGACGCCGUCCCUUUCGAGGCGGAGGAGGAGGAGGAGGGCCAGAGUGCGACAAGGGAGUCGGACGGUCAAAGUGGCAACUGGGUCUUGAAAAUUUUGCACGUGAGGUCUCUCUCUCUGCGGAGAGGGAGAGAGGAACAGGGGGGUGGUAAGAGUGGUGGUGGUGUUGCAGAGCUUCGCAAGGAAGAUGAGAAAACCGUGCUCCGUGAUGACGGAAAUGGGCCUGGCUCUGAGGGAGAUGAUGACGAAAAUGAUUGUUGUAAAGUUUCAGACGACGAAGAUGAUGCAGCGGCGGCUGAGUUUGAUAAAGGUUCGUUCUCGAGGUUGCUUCGGAAGGUUUCGUUGGCGGAAGCGAGGUUGUACGCUCAAAUGUCGUAUUUGGGGAACUUAGCAUAUUCCAUUCCUAAAAUCCAGCCAGGAAAUCUCCUAAGAUGUUAUGAUCUGCGCUUUGUUACUUCGUCGAUAGAGAAGAAGGAACUGACUGCUAAAACUGAGAAAGAUCAAGUGUCAGCUGAAAUUCAAGAAACAGAGAAAAACCUAGAGGAAGACAGGGAAGAAGAUGCAGAAGGGAAGGAGCAAAAGAACAACGGAUACCGAAUAAGUGCAUCUGCUGCGUAUCAGAUUGCUGCUUCUGCAGCUUCCUAUCUGCAUUCUCAUACAAGGAGCAUACUUCCAUCCAAAUGUUCAGAGGCUGAGGCUGAGGCUGAUAAAGACUCACCUGAAGAAAGCAGUGGAAGAAGUGACGUUGUUAAUAGGAUGAACUCAGAAGUGGCUUCUUUAAUGGCAACCACUGACUCAGUGACAGCUGUGGUUGCUGCAAAGGAAGAAGUAAAGCAGGCUGUUGCAGAUGACUUAAAUUCAACAUGUUCAUCACCUUGCGAGUGGUUUAUAUGUGAUGACGAUCAAAGAGGCACCAGAUUCUUUGUCAUUCAGGGUUCUGAAUCACUGGCAUCCUGGCAAGCAAAUCUACUCUUUGAGCCCAUUCAGUUUGAGGGACUGGAUGUGCUCGUGCAUAGAGGCAUAUAUGAGGCUGCGAAAGGGAUUUAUGAACAGAUGCUGCCUGAAGUCCAUGACCAUCUCAAAUCUCGUGGUGACCAUGCAACCUUUCGUUUUACUGGGCAUUCUUUAGGGGGAAGCUUAGCACUACUAAUAAAUCUCAUGUUGCUUAUACGACUUGAAGUGCCAAUUUCUUCAUUACUUCCUGUUAUAACUUUUGGUGCGCCAUCCAUCAUGUGUGGAGGUGAUCAACUGCUUCGCAAACUUGGAUUACCACGGAGUCAUGUUCAGGCUAUUAUGUUGCACAGAGACAUUGUACCCCGUGCAUUCUCUUGCAAUUAUCCAAAUCAUGUGGCAGAGCUUCUCAAGGCUUUAAAUGGGAACUUUCGGAAUCUUCCCUGUCUCAAUAACCAGAAGCUAUUGUAUUCUCCAAUGGGGGAGCUCCUGAUUCUUCAACCAGAUGAAAAAUUCUCGCCAAACCAUCACCUUCUUCCUUCAGGCAGUGGUCUAUAUCUUCUAAGCUGCCCGUUGUCAGAUGCCAAUGAUGCAGAGAAGCAGCUCCGAGAUGCACGGUUGGUAUUCUUAAACUCACCACACCCACUCGAGAUCCUAAGUGAUCGGUCUGCAUAUGGUUCGGAAGGAACUGUUCAAAGAGAUCAUGAUGUGAAUUCGUACUUAAAAUCUGUUCGUGAGGUGAUUCGCCAAGAGCUUAACCAGAUGAGAAAGGCCAGGAGACGGCAGCGCCGCAAGGUUUGGUGGCCCCUCGUAGCUGCCCGUAGUGUGCAUGGAGGUGUGAUUGUGGGAAGGCCUGUCGCAUCAUUCAAUACGGGGCACGAGCAGUUCAACUUUUCUGGCAUGCUACAAACGGGAAAAGAGUCGUUGAAACGGUUCAGUAGGCUGGUUGCAUCGCAGCAUAUGCAUUUGUUUGUGGUGCUUCUGGUACCUGUGCGACUGUUACUGUUGGGGGCAUACAGCGUGAUCAGUUUGCGGUGACCAGUGUGAGGUUGGCACGCAAGUGAAGUUUGUGAUUACUUUGGCUAAGAUAGUUGGAAAGGAACUUGGAAGGGUUGUGGGCAUGGCUGGCCGGACAAUUAGAUGAUUCUUUAUUCAUUUUUCUUCUUCUUUAAAUAGAAAGCAAUCCAAUGAUAUGAUCCAAUUGUACAUUUGUUUGUUUGUUUGUUUGUUUUUUUCACAUUUUUGAGAGAUGAUAAAUGUGAAGGUGGUAUGUAAAGAAAAUAGCAUGACAUCAAUGGGGCAUAGAAAGGAAAUAUUAGUGGUACUCAAAGAUGUGUGUGGAGUUCAUUUUGAGUUGGAUGUUUAUUUA